UUAAUUCCCAAGACCGACCCGGAUGAUAACACACUCGUUAAUACCCAACCCAAACCUAAAAGAGGCUUCUACUGACGUUUGCUUCUUUCAUCCUCCUUCCUGAGCCGCCUAUCUCUCCUCCUCCGACCUCCAUCGUCUCUUUCGCUAAGCUUCUCCAAAGGGACAAUGCCGAAGAUUAAGACUAACAGAGUAAAGUACCCAGAAGGUUGGGAGUUGAUUGAGCCUACUCUUCUUGAGAUAGAGGCCAAGAUGAGAGAAGCUGAGAUAGAUACACAUGAUGGCAAGAGAAAGUGUGAAGCCUUGUGGCCAAUCUUCAAGCUCUCUCAUCAGAGGAGUCGCUAUGUCUAUGACCUCUGUUACCGUAGGGAGGAGAUCUCUAAAGAGCUUUAUGAGUUCUGCUUGGAUCAGAACCAUGCUGAUCGUAACCUCAUUGCCAAGUGGAAAAAGUCAGGAUAUGAGCGUCUGUGCUGCUUGCGCUGCAUACAGCCAAGAGACCACAACUACGGAACAACAUGCGUAUGCCGUGUUCCCAAACACUUGCGUGAAGAGAAAGUGGUUGAAUGCGUUCACUGCGGUUGUCAAGGAUGCGCCAGUGGCGAUUAAUCUCCACCAUUAGGUUUUUUCUAUAUCUUGUCAAAAUCUGAAUCAUGUACCCUAAAAACACCCUGAAGAGACUACCUUUUGAAACCUCUACUCGUUAACUAUGUUGUUGAAACUCUAAAGACGUUCCCGGUUUUGGUAUAUAAAUGAAUUGAGAGAAUGAUUCUCGGUUA